CUACCCAUAUAAUAAGUUAAUUUUUCUAAUACUAAAUACACAAAUAGUGCUCAUAUAAAGAAGCCCGUUUUAUAAUAGUUUGUGUGUAUUGUAUCUAUAUUCAUUGGUACAGGUAGAGUUCAAAGUGUUGAAACAUAAUUCAUUUAUUUUGUUGCAGAAUAACGUUGUGCUUAUAAUCUUAAUGUUUUUUAAAAUUACGAUGUUUUGCUUUGUGUUAAAUACAAUUUUAAUGAUUUCCGCUGUUUCACAGGUGCGUGGAUUGAAUAAAAAUAUAUCAAAUACUUCAAAUAAUUUUCAUUAUACGAAAAAUGAACCUAGUUUCUUGAUCCUAAAGGAUAUUCAUGGUAAUAUGUAUAAAUAUAUUUAUCCAAAUGAUAUGGACCAAUUUUCUAAGAUGAGUACUCUCGGUAAUAAAAAUUCUUCUACGGUGAUACAUCUACCACCGGGAAUAUUAAAAUCUGAAAACAGUUCCAGUAAAAUGGUUAUUAGUCCUGUAGAUAAUCCGAAAAAAACGUCUGAGAGACCACGGGCCACUACCCAAAAAAGUACAAUCAUUGAUCACGCGCCUACACAUUCUUUACCUGGUAAUGGUAAAGGCAAUGAAAAAGAGAAACGUAAAACCAUUGUAGAGGAUAUAUUACCGACGACCGAAAGAAGAAAUUCUAAUGAAGACCAUACUACCGGUUUUAAAAAUGAAAACGAAUCAACCGAGACUACUGCUAUAGAAAAUAGUAAAAACGAACAUGAAGCUCAAACAGAUGACGAUGACGAUGGCAAAGACAAUAACAAAAAUGACCCGAUAUUAAAAUCAGCACCAAAUCCACGCAUGUCACCAUUUGACAAUAAUUCUAAAGACAAGUCAAGUCGUAGUAUUAUUAUCGAACGCGAUUUUUCAUUGAAUAAAAGUAUUAAAAACCACGAGAACGAACAACAAAAUGCAUUCAAAUCUAGCGACACCCGUAACAACUUAAUAUUAUUGAUCGAAAAUGACAUUAAAUUAAAACUAUUUAUAAAUUCAAACGGAAUAUUGAACAAAUCAUCUCUAGCGAACAGUAGAAUAAAUCCAACGGUACAAUUAAACGACGAACUUUCCACCGAAGACGACACAACGAUUAAUGACUCUCCAACCCCAAUAGUUGAUGUAGAGUGAUAAAAUAUUUCAUUAAAAUACUGACAACGAACUUGCUUAUGGCUGUUUUAAUUGUAAGAAAUAAUCUCGGAUCAAUAUACAUAGACUUACGUUCAAAAAUUAACAAAAAAAAUGUAUAUUAUGUAUUGAUAAUUAGUAUAUUGUAUUUAUUCGUAUAAUGCAAUAUUAACUUAAUAUUCAGUAUUAUUAAGAUUUAUUGAAUGUAAAAAUAAUAGUUUAUGCUGUAGUCAGUGUACUAUAUGU